UUGAUUGCAGAAUUGAAGAAAGUGAUCGGGCAUGGGAGAAAUUGAGGAGACUUCCAGGGCCGAUAACGCCAACGAGUCUGCACCGCUGACACCAAGCCGGGUAUCCAGCCCGCAUAAGAAAAACCUGUCGGUACGCACCAAGGUGCCGGAGGUGGAGGUCCGCCUUUACCGGCGAGGGAAUGGGCCGAUCGACGUCUUCAUAUCGAGCCUGGGAGGGUGGGACCAGAACCAGCUGGAGGUUAAUGGCAUCCUCGACAAGUACGGCUUCAAAUCCCUCUACGCCUUCAACCCCGAUACGGGUCGGGGCAGACAAAUCCGGUACGCUCGCAAUGGACGAUCGGUCUCCACGUACACCGACGGCUCCGUCGUUUAUGUCGACGGAGAGCCUAAGGAUUCGUCAAUCCAAUAUAUUACCAAGCUACUGGUAGGGGUUGCAGUUAUAGCUGUGUUGAUACUAUUGACAAUGAAAGAUACUCCAGAAUGGGCAAAAAAGUUGAACCUUUCUGGUGGACGCAUUCCUCCAUGGGUCCUUGCUUGCGUCGUCAUAGUAUUCACACGCUUGAGAAGGAGAAGUUGGGAUUUCUUGGAUAAACGUCGUUAGGUUUUUAGCUCCCGGUGGAUCAUAUAUGGAUGAAUACUUUACAAUUGCAAAUUUUAUACCUUUGUGUUGUUUAUAUUUAUGUAAUAGCUAUAAACCUUGCAUUUACAUACAUUGUUCUUCUUUCUAUUUGCAAUAUAGAAGAGCUGAUGUUCUGCUGGAUUCAGCUAUGCCAUGUCCAAAUACACAAGAUAACAACCUUGUAUAUGUCUGCAACAUUUCUAAUGCUCUUUACACUCUUACCUGUUAUCCAGUCUCUUUCGAGCCAUAA